UAGGGUCCCGUGCCUCGGGCGCGCUACCGGGGGACGAAGCUGCGGGAGCGCGCGGGCAGUGGCCGGCCGCGGAAUACUUGUGUGCGGCGGCCAAGAAGAAGGGUGAUGGAAGGGCGGCAAGAGGCUGGGAAGGAGAGCAAGCCCUCCUCCGUAUCAGUGGACCUGCAGGGAGACAGUACCUUGCAGGUGGAGAUCUCUGAUGCCGUGAGCGAGCGUGACAAGGUGAAAUUCACCGUUCAGACCAAGAGCUGCCUCCCUCACUUCGCCCAGACGGAGUUCUCAGUCGUGCGGCAGCACGAGGAGUUCAUCUGGCUCCACGACGCCUACGUGGAAAACGAGGAGUACGCCGGCCUCAUCAUUCCCCCAGCCCCUCCAAGGCCAGACUUUGAGGCUUCAAGGGAAAAGCUGCAGAAGUUGGGUGAGGGGGACAGCUCCAUCACGCGGGAAGAAUUUGCCAAAAUGAAGCAGGAGCUAGAGGCGGAGUACCUAGCUCUCUUUAAGAAGACAGUUGCAAUGCACGAGGUCUUCCUGCAACGCCUUGCGGCCCACCCGACCCUGCGUCGAGACCACAACUUCUUUGUCUUUUUGGAAUAUGGCCAGGAUCUGAGUGUCCGAGGAAAGAACAGGAAGGAGCUUCUUGGGGGAUUUCUGAGGAAUAUCGUGAAGUCUGCAGAUGAAGCCCUCAUCACCAGCAUGUCAGGGCUCAAGGAGGUGGAUGACUUCUUUGAGCACGAGAGGACCUUCCUGCUGGAGUACCACACCCGCAUCCGGGACGCCUGCCUGCGGGCAGACCGUGUCAUGCACUCCCACAAGUGCCUGGCAGACGAUUUUAUCCCUAUUUCUGCUGCACUGAACAGUCUGGGAACACAGGAAGUCAACCAGCUAAAGACGAGUUUCCUCAAAUUGGCAGAGCUCUUUGAACGACUAAGGAAGCUGGAGGGCCGAGUGGCAUCUGAUGAGGACCUCAAGCUAUCAGACAUGCUGAGAUACUACAUGCGAGACUCACAGGCAGCCAAGGACCUGCUGUACCGGCGGCUGCGAGCCCUAGCUGACUAUGAGAACGCCAACAAGGCACUGGACAAGGCACGCACUAGGAACCGGGAGGUGCGGACUGCCGAGAGCCACCAGCAGCUGUGCUGCCAACGCUUUGAACGCCUCUCUGACUCAGCCAAGCAGGGGUCCCCACUUUUCCUCCCUCCCCUCCAGAGCUCAUGGAUUUCAAGUCCCGCCGCGUCUCCUCCUUCCGCAAGAACCUCAUAGAGCUGGCAGAGCUGGAGCUCAAACACGCCAAGGCCAGCACCCUGCUUCUCCGGAACACCCUUAUCGCCCUCAAGGGGGAGCCUUAGAGCAGCUACAGCCUACUUCAGGGCCUUGAGUGGCAAGAGUCCCCCAGAUUUCCCCCAACAUACCACCUCCCCCACCACAGCAACCACUAGCCAGGCCCCACGAUCUCCCAGGGCAAGCCCAUGCCCCAC